AUGAACAAGAAUAAAGUUUUUUUAAUUAAACCAGAGGCCAAUUCUCCUCCAAUUGAUACCUCCAAUUGGCCACUUUUAUUAAAGAACUAUGAUAAGCUGAACGUAAGAACAGGACAUUAUACUCCAAUGCCGCAUGGCUCCUCUCCACUCUGCAGAGAUAUGAAAAAUUAUAUGAAAUACGGUUAUAUAAACCUCGAUAAGCCAGCAAACCCAUCAUCGCACGAAGUCGUGGCCUGGAUCAAGAGAAUACUUAGAUGCGAAAAGACAGGACAUAGCGGAACUCUAGACCCAAAAGUCACUGGAGUUCUGCUCGUGUGCCUUAAUAGAGCUACGAGGCUGGUCAAAUCCCAACAAUCACAUGGAAAGGAAUACGUUGCAGUUGUAAAGUUCCAUUCCUCGCCAGAAUCUGGAGCAAAGAUUGAAAAGGUAUUGGCUGAGUUAACUGGUUCGCUGUUUCAACGCCCUCCCCUGAUUUCAGCUGUUAAAAGGCAACUUAGAGUGAGAACAAUAUUCGCCUCAAAACUUUUGGACUAUAACGAGCAGGAAGAUUUGGCGCUGUUUUGGGUUAAAUGUGAAGCAGGAACGUACGUCAGGACUCUGUGCAUCCAUAUGGGCCUUUUGCUAGGAACAGGAGCACAUAUGCAGGAACUCAGGAGAAUUAAGUCGGGAAAUAUUUCAGAGUACGAUAACAUGGUCACAAUGCACGACGUGCUUGAUGCACAGUACCUUUACGAUACGACGGCAGACGAGUCUUACCUGCGCUACGUUGUGAGUCCACUAGAACAGCUUCUGACUGGAUAUAAGCGAGUUGUGGUGAAGGACUCGUGCGUAAACGCUAUUUGUUACGGGGCAAAACUGAUGAUUCCGGGAGUUUUGAGGUUUGAAACUAACAUCGAGCUCCACGACGAAAUAGUCAUGAUCACGACGAAGGGUGAGGCUAUAGCGCUGGGAAUAGCCCAAAUGACCAGCGCCGUGAUCGCCACAGUGGACCACGGGAUAGUCGCAGUUAUUAAAAGGGUUAUCAUGGAUAGAGAUACCUACCCGCUUCGUUGGGGUUAUGGGAAUAGAAGCACAGAGAAGAAGAGACUCAUAAGCCUGGGACUGCUAGAUAAGGAUGGCAAGGUAAAUGAAAACACUCCACAAAGCUGGAAAAACAACGAAGGAUACCUCCCCAAGUUGACGGGAACCCCAACAAACCAUGAAAACGGUACUGAAAUUAGCGACGUGGAGAUGGAGCCAAACGUUAAAAGGGUUAAAGUCUAA